AUGUUUAACCGUUAUAUUAUGAUCUGCCUUUUGCUUUAUUCCGGAGUAAGAGCUGAUUCCGAAGCGGUGACAGAAGCAUUGCUUUCAACUACACCUGGGCCCCAGAUGGCGCCAACGACACCUGAUAGCAGAUUGGAGGGUGCGAGGAAUAUCUCGAAAGCGGAGGAAGAGCUACGCUUGGCCGAAAAAGCUAUAUUGAUAAAAGCAUGUGACGAAAUGGAGAGUGAAGGCCCUGCAGAUGGUCCUUGGAUUCCAUGCAACUUUCUACCAGACGAAUUUGUUGAUUGCCAGCUACCAGUGUUGGCGAACCCUAGUCUCAAUCUCACAAAGCCUUCUCAAAAUGGGACAUGUCUGCGGUUUGGUGGGAAUAGGCAUGGUGAUGUGAUGUUCACGAACGUUACUUGUUAUGUUCUUGGCUGUACCGAAUGCUAUGGGCCGAGAAUGUGGACGAAGGAGGUGCCAUGUAUAAAGUACACCGGGCAUUAUUUCCUGUCUACACUUCUGUACAGUAUAUUUUUGGGAAUUAUCGCUGUUGAUCGAUUUUGUUUGGGCUACGCUGCGAUUGCUGUAGGGAAGCUGAUGACGUUAGGUGGAUUAGGUGUCUGGUGGAUAAUCGACAUUUGCCUGUUGAUAACCGGUAAUUUGAUGCCGGCAGACGAUUCCAACUGGGAGGAAUAUUAU